AUGUCACAAAGUCGCGAAAACCCUCUGCAAAUCCCCACUGUUGGGAAAACUGGGGCUCAGGUGCCGGUGUGCAUGGAAACGAAGCGGACUGCCUCGAGCUUGAAGGAUCCAGAGUUUCCAGCGCAACAUGAAGCUAAGCGAACCUGGAGGUCAUACAUCUGGUCCACGCUCGAUUGUCCAAAAGAAGAGGCUCGCUUCCUCAAUAAGCUCGACCUGACACUCUUAUCAGCCGCAUUCCUAGGGGUUAUCUGCCGCUACCUUGAUCAAGUCAACAUCAACAAUGCUUUUAACAGUGGUAUGAAGGAGGAUCUCUCGCUUUAUGGAAAGGAGCUCAACUACGCCAACGCGAUCUGGAGUGCGGCAUAUGUGUUCGGGCAGAUCCCCUCGAACCUGCUACUUACUCGGGUGAACGUUCCACUUUAUAUAGCAUUUCUCGAGCUAUCAUGGACAGUCUUCACCUUUGCCCAUGCUGGUGUUCAAAAUGUUCAGCAACUCUACGUUUUCCGCUUCUUCGUCGGAAUCUUCGAGGCAGGCCACUAUCCAGCGGUCAUGUACGUGUGCGCAAGUUACUACAAGCCUCAUGAGCUGGCGCGACGUGCCACGAUAAUUGCGAUUGCUACAGAGAUCGGGCCCCUGUUUUCUGGUUUCCUAAUGGCUGCGAUAUAUUCAGGACUUAAUGGAUCCGGCGGCCUCGCUGGUUGGCGGUGGAUGUAUAUUAUUUGUGGCUGCAUCUCUGUCCCUAGUGCUAUGUGGACCGCACUUGCCAUUCCUCAACUCCCUGCUCGAGCGAAGCCUAAUUGGUGGGUCUCUUCAGAAAUUGAGCUGGCACGCGCAAGAAUGCCUACGGAAACACGACCAUUCACUGGAUUCUAUAGGUGGGAAGAUGUGAAACGCUGGCAUAUGACGUGGCAUGCUUUUCUUUUGAUCUUCUGGGUUAAGAGCUAUAAUACUGAAGGACAGCCGCCCGUCUUUUCAGUGGCUGAGAUCAAUAUUAUCCCACUCGGCAUUAAUAUAAUAAAAAUCUUUGGCACCGCCGUCAACGCGUGGAUUUCGGAUAGUUUGCCUGGGUCGCUUCGGUGGCCUGGUAUGCUGUUUGUUAGUGCGAUGGCCAUCAUCUUUCCAACAGCGCUUGCCGCCACACCUGUUCACCCAACCGAUAGGGGACAACGUUGGGUACUCUAUUACCUUACUGCUCUUACCGGAGUAGCUGCGGGCAUAACUUGGACCUGGGUAAACGAGGUGAACAGACUUAAUCCCGAGAAGCGAGCAUAUGUCGGUGCACUGAUGAAUGCCUUUGGCUACAUCUUUAUUGCCUGGGUUCCUAUCUUUACCUUCCCCGCAAAUAAACAGCCAUACAUCGUCGUUGGUAACUACAUCACUGCCGGUUUCGGCGUGGCGGCAGCGGCAAUUGUUCUCAUUAUGCGACAUUUGCAUAAUAGGGACUUGGCGAGGCAGAAGCGGGAGGUCGUGCCACCGAACACAGCCGAAUAUGGUGAUUCGGUUGCUUAG